AUGGUGACUGUGAACAUGCUGCGUUACAAAGCAAAUGCUUACACGGCUAUUGUUACCCGUUUUUUCGCUCUCUUAGCUGGCUCAAGCGUCACCGACUUCUCGGCUCUGAUUGUUGGUGUGCACAAAACGUCAAUGCCCUCGCUGAACUCCACUGAAGCAACUAGCUCCGACCUCGCGAUUGUCUAUUUGGCCCACCAUACUGAAGAGGACUCCAGUUCAAUGGGUGUUCUUCGUGUGUGGGGUGGCCUGGAGGCGAGUUUUUGUUCUUUUGUACAACACUGUGUUUACUGUUUAUCCGUCCCUCGUAUUUCUCACCUACAAUGUUCGAUUAUAAAAAGCCCUACUAAUCAACCUUCGGCCUAUCCUGCGGCUGAGCUCUUCUUGUUUAUUUUCCCAACAUCGAACUAA